CAGGCGCUCAACGGCUCAACUGAUUUAUUUUUGUUAUACCUCCAUAGUCCAUGACCAUAAUAUAUUAUUAUUUUCGAUUUCGAGGUAUUUCCCGUAUUACCUUCAAAGUAAAUUGCUACGAUGGGGCGGCUGCUAUGAGUGGAAGGUUUAAUGGUGUCCAAAGUAUAAUAAAACAACAGUACAAGACAGCUGUAUAUGUUCAUUGCAGUGCUUAUGUGUUAAAUUUAGUAAUAUGUAGUUCUUGUGAAAUAUCUUGUAUCAGAAAUGCGAUGGGUGUUAUUGAAAGUAUAUAUAAUUUUAUGAAUACUCCUAAACGACAGUGUGUAUUACAAAGUGAGGUAAGAAAUAAAAUACCAAAUUCAAAGAAAGAAAAAUUAAUGAAGUUAUGUGCGACAAGGUGGGUAGAAAAACAUGAAUCUAUUAGGACAUUUAUUGAUUUACAAGAAGCUAUAGUGAGCUCAUUAGAAAUGAUGACAGAGUGGGUUGAUAAAGAAACUUCCUCAAAAGCAACACAACUACUUCUUUCAUUAAGAGAUACAACAUUUAAUGUAAGUUUACUAGUUAUUGAUGAAAUAUUUAAACAUUCUUAUGUAUUGUGUAAAGCACUACAAAGAGACAAUAUUGAUUUAAUAGAAGCAAUGAAUUUAGCUGAAGAUUUAACUAAAGAAGUAAAACGAAUGAGACAAAAUAGUGAUGAAGUUUUUUCAAACAUUUUUAUGACCUUAGAAGAAAAAUCUAAACUUUUAAAUUUUGAUAUUCAUAUUCCAAGGAUUUGUAAACGCCAAACUAACCGUUAUAAUAUUUCUACAGACUCUGCUGAAGAGUAUUAUAGAAUAUCAAUUUUUACACCGUUUUUAGAUUAUUUUAUUGAUCAAAUGAAUACACGAUUUAUAGAGCACCAAACAAUCUUAAAAGGAUUUCAAUCUUUAUUUGACAAUGAUUUGGAUAAAGAUAGAAAUGACAUUUUAGAGUUACUACAUUUUUAUAAAGAAUCAGAUGAUUUAAGUGACUCUGAUAUAGUUAUAUCGGAACUUAAAAUGUGGAAAAACGUUUUAAAUAGAAUUGAAAAUGAACAAAAACCAAAAAGAGCUAUUGAAUUUCUUAAAUUGUGUGAUGAAGACCUAUUUCCAAAUGUGUACAAGUUAUUAAAAAUAGUUUGUAUUUUACCUGUGACAACAUGUACUUCUGAAAGAAGUUUUUCAUCAUUAAGAAGACUUAAAACGUAUUUAAGAAGCACUAUGACAGAGAAUAGACUCAAUGGCUUAGCCAUGUUAAGUAUUCAUCGAGAAGAACUUAUAACUCCAGAAGAAGUUAUUGAACAGCUAAUUAAAAAAAAUAGAAGACUUGCAUUUUAAACAAAAAUUAUAUUUUAAUACAUUGAGCUAAAUUUGAAUUGUAAGAUUACAGUUGUACUUGUUUCUUUUACCAAUUAAAUAGUAUAAAAUAAACAUUUUUGUUGGUUUUUCAAUGAUAUAUAUUAUAUGUAAUUUUUUUAUAC